UAGAGCCGAUAGAGCGGUUGAUUGACUCGGCUUGAUAGCUUGCCGCCUGUGCGAUUUCCUGGAGAUUUUCGCGCCUCAUCUAUUUUAUGUUUUACAUUGCAUGUGACAUUUCAAUAUGGGUGCAUAUUUAUCAGAACCGGUUACUGAAAAAAUUUCUAGCGAUGAAUCAAAUAGUAAACUUGAGUGCGGGGCAAGCUCCAUGCAGGGAUGGCGUGUCAAUCAGGAGGAUGCACACAAUACAGUGUUAGAUUUCGAUGAACAUACAUCUCUAUUCGCUGUAUACGAUGGCCACGGGGGCGCGGAAGUGGCAACCUAUUGCUCCAAGAAUCUCCCGGAAUGUAUUAAGAAUACAGAGGCAUACAAAAAUGGGGACAUGACAAAGGCGCUGGAAGAUGCAUUCUUGGGAUUUGAUGCCAACAUUGCUACCAAAGAGGUUAUGGCUGUGUUGAAGGAAUUGGCAGGUGAAAUCAAUCCACCAGGACCUAGCGAUAAUGAGGAAUCCGAAGAUGAAAAUGUUAGCAACUUAUACCAAGAAGCACAUCUUCCUCUCCAGGAAGUGCUAGCUAAAUACGAGAACAAGUUGAGCUCCCUGCAUCGUGCCCGGCUCGGUGACACCGCCACGCCGCUCUCCCCGUGUCUGCGCGCCAAGAAGAACCCUGAUGAGGCUGGGGGAUCAGGUCUCGGAGCGUCGAGCUCUAGCGCCCCCGCCUCCGGCUCAAGCACUGCUGCAGAGGAAGAUCCGUCAUGCUCCAACCCUGAAGAAGCCAAACCUGACGAGGACACUGGAGGCGUGUCCUCGACGAACUCCAAUGACCAAGAUAAAGACGUCAAUGGCGAGGUUUCAACAAGCGACUCCGCAAAAGAGUCCAUGGAAGUAGACAAAUCCACAGCUCCCGACAGCUCCGCCGACAACUGCACACAGCCCAACCAGAGCGAGGACGCCAAGCCCAGCAACGGCGGUGACGUUUGCAAUGGAGAAGUCCCGGAUUCCAAGCAGGGAGAUGGAGAAGAGAGUAAUAUUACGUCUUCGAAUGGCUCCACGUCGCCGCAAAAGGGGAAGAAUAAAGCCAAACUGUCACCCGUUUCAAGCACAGACAAAGUACCCGAGAGGCCUAAGAAGUCCAAGCUCCGCCGCGCCGCCGCCGCCGUCUACGAAACCCUGAUGCGGCAGGCCGCGGCGGAAGAUGAUGACGAGAGCGACUCCAAUGAUGAGACCUUCGAGGGUGGGGAGAUCAACUCUUCUGAUGAAGAGAAUGUCAAUGGUGUUGAGGAUUCUUCUAAUGAAGGCGAAGAGGAGGAAGAGGACGAGGAGGAUUACGACGCAGAAUCCAGUGACGAAGAUGUUGAGGAGGAUCUCUCCAUGACGGAGGAGCCCGGCAACGACAGCGGCUGCACUGCUGUGGUGGCGUUACUCAAAGGUAAUGAGCUGUACGUCGCGAACGCUGGGGACUCCCGCUGUAUCAUCUGCAGAGAAGGCAAAGCCAUCGACAUGUCCAUAGAUCACAAACCUGAAGACGCUCCCGAACUGGAGCGAAUCACAAAAGCGGGCGGCAAAGUCUCCAACGACGGACGCAUUAACGGCGGCCUCAACCUCUCAAGAGCCAUCGGCGACCACUCUUACAAGCAGAACAAGGAAUUGGACGCCAAAGAGCAAAUGAUCACGGCUCUGCCAGACGUUAAAACGUUAACCAUCGACCCCAUCAAGGACCAGUUCAUGGUUCUGGCUUGCGACGGAAUAUGGAACUUCAUGUCUAGUCAAGAUGUAUGCGAUUUCAUUCUACCGAGGUUGGCGGAAGGGAGGGAGCGGUUAUCUCAAAUUUGUGAGGAGAUGUUCGAUCACUGCCUGGCGCCGAGCACGAUGGGCGACGGCACCGGCUGCGACAACAUGACGGCCAUGAUCGUGCGCUUCAAGGACGGGCCGGUGGGCGCGGCCGACGUGGCGCAGGCCGACGUGGCGCAGGCCGGCGUGGCGCAGGCCGACGUGGCGCAGGCCGACGUGGCGCAGGCCGACGUGGCGCAGGCCGACGUGGUGCAGGCCGACGCGGCGCAGGCCGAGGGCCGCAAGCGCGCCGCCGACGACGACGACCAGCCCGACUCUAAGCGACAGAAGACCGACGACGACAGCUCGCAAGUGACGUCCAGUGUGUAAGACAGUGUUCGCUACACGUAGUAUUGUGAUAUUGUUUGAUUGAGACUGUAAAGUGGAGGAAUGCCUUUUGAAAGGCCUGUUGCUAUUUAAUUUUUUAUGUUUAAAUGAUCUUAGUCGUCUCGUAGAGUUCAGUUUGAUCAAUUUUUUGUUUUGGAUUAUUUAGUUGUCCGUUUCCCAAAGUAUCUGCUCCAAGGUAAAAUUUUCCCAGAUCGACCUUACGCCAUAAAACUCAUCUAAUAAGCCAUGUUUCCCAAUUAACCUGUUCUUAUGACGUCCUUACUCCAAAAUACUUUAAUCUCUCCAUUAUCUGAAUCACCCAUUCCCAAAAUAUCCUGUUGCUAAAAGAUCCAAUAACGCAAACUAUCUCAGUUGUCACAUUCCGGGUCCUGAUAGAUGCCAAACGACCACUAAAGUGAUAUAGCCGUUUCCUAAAAUGGUAAUGGUAAUGAGGGUUUCUUAGUGAAAUUAUAUUUUGCGAAAAACUGUCUGGGAAACGAAGUAGGAGAAGGAUUUUUCAAGAAAACGACAAUGUCGGGAUAGGACGUUUUGGGAACGGAUCUUUUAGGAAAAGUAUGACUUAGGAAAAAUCGUUAUCUGGAAAUUGAAAAUUAUUGGAAAUGGGUCACGUAAGAAACGUUAAUGACGGAAACGGACAUUUUUAGAAACUGAUAGCACGAUCCAGGUCAUUUUUGUUUCCAUGCUCCCUCUGAAUGUAGUGGUUCUCAUGCGGUGCUUGUUAUGGGAUUAAAGUAAGCAAAAAGUGUCAAUUUUCCUUUUUUUCCGUAUAAUUUAGUUUUCAGUGUAAUUUUAAAUAAGAGGGAGUGAAUUAAGAUCUUAAUUCGCAUCUUACUGACAAUUGCAAGUAGCUUGUAAGCAGCUAAUGUAAGUUAAAAUAGUGAUUCAAUCUACGAUUUAACAUUUAUAUUCAUUUUUGGAUGAAUAUUACGUACAUAUUUUUUUCACAAGCAUUAUUUUGUCGCUAGAGGAGGCAAGUUUUUAAUUUUAUAGACAUUUCAAUGGUAAUUUCAAUAGAUUGACGUGAUCGGGGACUUUCCUUAUAAUGUAUGCUUUAAAAAUGUAAACGACCAUGCUGAUCGUAAGCAUGUGAAGUAUUGUUAGAAGAAACUAAAUUAUGUUCAUGUUUGGAUAAUAAAUUGUGGAUUGGAAUGAAAUGUUGAUUGAAAUCAAUCGUAAUCUAAUUCAAUUGCCUUUGUUAAUUGCUUUAUAUAAUAAGUAGUAUAUUUUUGUAAUCACAAGUGUUUAGAAACAACAUUUAGGCACUAUGUAAGGUUAGUUGGUGUACGAUUUAUUCCAUACGAUGUAUAAUUCAAAUGUUCUGCCUUAAUUAAUUUGAGUAGCCUGGUUUUUGGCUUGGCUGACUGAAUUACUGUUCGAUAAUCAUGGGUUAAUUUUCAAUCAAAUACAUCGUACUAGGAAAGACUGUUUAAUUAAUUUAUGAAGCAGGAUUAUAUACUUAUGUUCAUAACCCCAUUUAUACUACAUUAAUAUCCUUUCACGUGUGUUUCGAAGAAAAUACAUUUUUACAGACUG